UCUGGGCUCUAGCUCUCUGUCUCUCGCUCUUUUCUCUGAGUGCCAUUGAAGCUCAAGCUGCCUCAGCUCUUGAGUCCUUCAUGGCCUUGUAGCCUUAGCUCCGACGGAGGAGAGCGGCAUCGAGUUCUUGCCAGAGAGUCGACUUAGCUCGAUCUUGAGUAUAUAGCUAUGGCAGAAGAGGGUGUCGCGGAGGCUGGUGAUGGACCCAUCACCGCCGAAAGCCCGCGAAUCUCGAUCUCUUCUGCCAGGAAAUCGAGCGUUCGUAAAGGAAGCAGUCGAUCUGGAUUGCGCCGCGUUGACUCGCUGCUGGUCGAAGCUGGUAGGGUUAAAUCCAUGGGAGCUGUACACCACGGGACCGAAGACCUACCUUGGUCCGUCACUCUCACACUGGCAUACCAAACGAUUGGAGUGGUGUACGGGGAUCUUGGCACUUCUCCUCUCUACGUGUUUGCGAGUACAUUUCCGGAUCAUACACCAUCAGAGAACGACAUUCUGGGAGCUUUAUCGUUCAUUAUCUACACGUUCACCCUCAUUCCUCUGAUCAAAUACGUCUUCAUCGUCCUACGUGCGAACGAUCAUGGAAAUGGAGGAACAUUCGCCUUGUACUCCUUGAUUGCCCGUUAUGCGAAGAUAUCUGUCUCACCGAAUCAAGUACCUGAAGAUCAGGAGGUCUCGUCUUACAAACUGGCAGCGCCUACUAAGACCAUGAGACGCUCGCAAUAUUUGAAAGAGGCAUUGAACAAGAAGAACUGGCUCAGGAAUGUGGUUGUGACAAUCGCCAUUCUUGGGACAUGUAUGGUCAUCGGAGAUGGUGUGCUUACUCCAUCCAUUUCAGUGCUGUCUGCCAUUCAGGGUAUCAAGGUCAACAAACCGAGUCUGAACCAAAAUGUCGUCGUCCUAGUCACCUGCGUCAUCCUGUUCGCUUUGUUCAGUAUCCAGCGAUUCGGAACGGACAGAGUCGGCUACUGCUUUUCUCCCAUCGUUGUCAUCUGGUUCAUUUCCAUCGCUUUGAUCGGAAUUUACAACAUCAUCAUGAAGGAUUCUACUGUUUUUAGGGCAUUCAACCCGUACCACAUGUACGAGUAUAUUUCAAGAAACAAGAAGCAGGGAUGGAUUUCUUUCGGAGGAAUUGUUCUAUGCGUGACCGGAACUGAGGCGAUGUUUGCUGACCUGGGCCAUUUUUCUGUCAAGGCGAUUCAGAUUGCUUUCACGGCGCUUGUCUAUCCCUGUCUUUUGAUAGCUUACAUUGGCCAAGCAGCCUACUUACUCAAGCACCCAGAGGCCGUAGGAGAAACAUUUUACAACUCCAUUCCAGACAAAGUUUACUGGCCUAUGUUUGUAGUAGCCACGGGUGCGGCCAUUAUCGCUAGUCAAGCUAUGAUUUCUGCAACUUUCUCUAUUGUGGACCAGGCCAUGACCCUGGGUUGCUUCCCUCGCGUCAAGGUGGUGCACACUAGCAAGAAGUAUGCAGGCCAAAUUUACAUUCCCGAACUGAACUGGCUCAUGAUGGUUCUCUGCAUCAUCAUCGCAGCUGGGUUCAGAGAUACGACUCAAAUAGGAAACGCCUACGGAGUUGCGGUGGUAUCGGUGUUCUUCGUCACGACCAACUUCGUCACUCUGAUCGCCAUCAUGAUAUGGCAAGUUCCACUGUGGAUCGCACUGCCGUGCUACUUCUUCAUGGGAUCAGUGGAGCUGACGUACUUCUCGUCCAUCUUGUACAAAGUGCCCAAGGGAGGAUGGGUGCCCUUGAUUUUCGUCGCCUGCUUCUUCUCCGUCAUGUACACAUGGCACUACGGAAGAGUGAAGAAGUACGAGUACGAGGUGAAGAACAAGGUGUCGCUCGACUGGGUCUUGGGCCUGGGAUCCAACCUCGGCAUUACUCGAGUUCCGGGCAUCGGCCUCGUGUACUCGGAGCUGGCGCAGGGAGUGCCGACCAUCUUCUCCCACCUCAUCAGCAAUCUGCCAGCCAUGCACCAGGUGCUGGUGUUUGUGUGCAUCAAAAACUUACCAGUGCCCUAUGUUCCGGACGAGGAACGAUUUCUAAUUCGUCGAAUCGGCCCCAAGCAAUUCCGCAUGUUCCGAUGUGCUGUGAGGUUUGGGUACAGAGAUCUGUCCGUGGGAAACGAGAUCGACUUCGAGGAGCAGCUGAUCCAGAACCUGGCCAUCUUCAUCUCGACCGAGGUGCAGGCGGCGCAAGAGCAACCGAUGAUCGCUGAUCUCGCGCAGCUGCAGAGGAUGAUCGAUGCAGAGGGCGACGGCGGCGCAGCUCCGGCCUCCGUGGCUCUGGACAUGACGCGCAGACUGUCGCAGGGAAGUCGCGACGAUUCCGAGGACUCGCAGUCGCAGUCGGGCAUCAAGGCCAUGAAGCUGCCUCCGAAUGUGGACUCGGGCGUCGAGGAGGAGCUCAAGGUGCUGGUCGAGUCGAAGGACGCCGGUGUCGUGUACCUGCUGGGCCACACCGAGGUCCGAUCUCGUCGAAGCUCCUCGAGGUUCCGCAAGUUUCUGAUCGAUGAUUACUACCACGCUCUGAAGAGAAACUGCCGAGCUUCCACUGUGUCCCUCGCCAUCCCGCACGAACGCCUUCUGCAGGUGGGUAUGGUUCACUACAUCUGAUCCACUCUGAUCCGCUCUGAGGGCAGCAGCAGCAGCCGACGCUGGAGCUUCACGCAUCAACAAUUCGACAUCGUCCGAGUUCGGUGGAUGUCGGCAGGGCCCCCUCUAUCUUCUGCACAUCGCGGGCCUGCCGACUCAGAAAUUGGAGCUGUAAAUUCUGCACCGUCCUCCUCCCUCAGAAACUGAAAGGAUUCAUUCUUUUCUCGCCAAAACGUAGAUAGAGUGACUGUCUAAAACUAGACUAGAGGCCUUCGUGUUCUUGAGCUCGAGCUUACAUGUACCUGAACCUGCUUCGCUUCGUACAGCUGUGAAUUUAAGCUCACCCGGUCCUAGGUAGACAACAUUCCCACGGCAAAAAUCAUGCACUUGCGUUUAUAUCUGUAUCUAGUCAACGUUUUGUGUCCAGUACGUUGACUAGCUAGGCUGAUAGUCAACGUCCUAGACAUAAACCGCAUCUCUUUGAACAUUCUAUCACUCAUUAAAAGCUCAGGACCAUUCGGGUCAUAGCAUGCAAAUCUAAGCGAUAGAUAGAUUAGGGAUAGAGGGAGAAAAAUGGGAUGGAUAUUUGGAACAAUAAGGCAUCUUCCUGUACAUGCUGCUCCUCGAAACUGAUGGUCAGAGAUCAUAGCGAAAGGGAAGACGAGGGCAGCCUAAGAUGAUGAUGAUACAGACAAAUUUACAAAUAUGUUAGACAAUAAGGCAUCAUAGCGAAAGUGAAGAAUUCGGCAGCCUAAGAUGAUCACAGAGACGCAUCUGUUAGACAAUAAGGCAUCCCCCUGUCAGGACUGCCGCUUCGAACGCCUCCUUUAGCUCAUUGUAAUCAUUGGUCAAUUGGAGAAAUGUUGAUAAGAUAUUAUUACCUGAAUAAAAAUGUGUUUUUCCUCG